GACACGCGAGAUAAAGAAACCGACGGAGAAUCAUAAUUUUGUGCACCUGAAUUGAAUUUUUGGAAACGAACGGACAACCUGCCGCGAAUAUUCUUUACAAUAUUGAUUUGCAUGCGCAAUAUUUUAACUUGGUUAUUAAGUGCGGCGUAAAAUUUGGUAUAAUCUUCAUGACAAUGCUGUCACGCUCGGAAAUUAACUUCCCUGGUUAAUCCAGAUUGGCCUUGAGUUAAUUUUCAAUGAUCCAGAGCAAAUCCCUAUUUUUUAAAAAUAUUAUUGGACUGGAUUGUGGAAGACAGUAUUAAUAAAAUGUUCUUUAGUCGCAUCCAGAUGCGCAACACCUUUAACUAUGUGCGACAGUACUGGAAGAUUGUAGCAUUUAUAUCCGUACCUCUGCUAUGCUUGAUAUUACCUCUGGUAACAUGGCCAACCGAGAGCGGCAAGGGAGCUUAUAUUCUUCUGGUCACUUCAAUUUUUCUGGUCUUCGAAAUACUACCGCUUCCAUUGACCAUCCUGUUUUCUAUUUUUCUCAUGCCAAUGAUCGGCGUGCAAACAGUUCCGGAAAUAUCUCGCUCUUUUACCAAUGAUACCUAUUUUUUGUUUAUCUCCGUGCUUGUAAUGGCAAUAUCCAUUGAAACGACAAACACGCAACGAAUUGCCCUUUUGACCCUUCGACGCAUUGGAGUAAGCCCGUCCAGGCUGAUUCUUGGCUUUGCGGUAAUAAGUGGAGGAUUAUCAAUGUGGAUGGCUAACACAGCGGUAACGGUGAUGAUUCUACCAAUCGCAAUGGCCGUUUCCGGAACGCUGACUAGUCCGGUGACCAAGGAAGACACUCAAUCACUCGAUGCGGAAACUAUACCAACGCCCGCCAGCAACAGCGAGGUCUCUCAGAAUGGUGAUGCAUCUAUGGAUCCCUUAAUGAACAAACGCGAGUCCACUUUGGUAGAGGUAGCAGAAAGCGUUUCCGGCAAACCUCCGGAUCAGGAUUUCUCCAAAGCUUUGCAGCUAUGUGUGGCCUUCUGCGCUAAUAUCGGUGGAGUGGCUACACUGAUCGGAUCGCAUCCGAAUAUUCUUUUCCGAAUGACUUUAGAAAAGUACUAUGGAACGGAAACCGGCUUGAAUUUCCUGACUUAUUUUCUAAUUUGUGGUCCUGUCGCUGUUGGGGCGUUAAUCCUAACCUGGAUUGCUUUAUGCUUACUCUUUGUACCGGGAUGGUUAAAAAGUGCAAACUAUCAGGCCUCUCCCGAGCAGCAUAAAGCAAUGAGGAAGAGAACGCGCGCUAUUCUAGAUCACAAACUCAAAGAACUGGGCCCCAUUCGACACGAGGAAGUCUCUGUGUUGAUACUAUUUGCCGUUUUAUUGGUGUUAUGGUUAACGCGCAAUCCUCAGUUCGUUCCCGGUUGGGCGGCGCUUUUUAAGCAAGGUUAUGCGACGGAUUCGGUCCCGGCACUCUUAGCCUGUGUGCUGCUUUUUGUGCUGCCGGCUGAUUAUAAAGACUUAAAGAAAGGGAAAUACCGGCCGUUGCUGACUUGGAAACAAGCUCAAGCCAAGCUUCCAUGGGAUUUGCUGAUGUUUGCCGGCGGUGUCGCAGCCGUAACACAUGUGGCCGAGGUGUCAGGUUUGAUACGAUCGAUAGGAAGCUUAAUUCCUGAUCUGCAUGGAAUAUCGCCUUGGAUUGUCGUAACCGUCAUCUGCGUUUUGGCCUCCUUUUUGACAGAGUUUACAAACAACUCCGUCAUAUGUGCGAUUUUUGUUCCCGUGCUGGCAAAUGUGGCCGAGGAUUCUGGAGUCAAUCCGAUUUAUUAUAUGCUGGCGGCCACGAUGGCCAGCAUGUUUUCAUUCAUGAUACCCAUUUGCUCCUUUCCCACUAUUAUCGUGUAUGGCUAUGGAACAGUUACGAUGUGGGACAUGUUUAGAGCUGGAGUUGGACCAAAGAUUGCUUGUAUCAUAUUUCUGGUUAUCAGUCUUGAACUAUUUGGAUCGUUAAUAUUUGAUGGCAAGAAUCUUCCUUUAUGGGCGCAGACUCGAUUAGCCGCCCGUCAUAACAUCUCCAGCGUUCUAGCUAUGACUAACAAUACCGUCUCAUAAGGUUCUGUCCAAUUACGGUACGUUGUUUGUAUAUCAGUGUAAACGGAUGCUAUUUUUCACACGGCAGUUAUAAACUUCAGCUUUUAAAAUAAGCAAAUUAAUGAACUCCAAGUAGCUUU